ACGUAUAUUAGGAAAAGUGCCGUGACGUAUAAUUUUGGUUUCAUUUUUUCAUCUCGGUUAAGUGAAACCAAUAGCGCAGGUAUUACCUGUGAGAAACAUUUGUAUACGAAUUACUCGUAAAGUAGGAAAUAAAUGCGAUUUUUGUGUAUUAUUAGCUUUCUUUAGUGAACGAGAAUCCGCACGCGUUGCGACAGUGAAGGUUUGAGCACACUCAAAAAGUGAAUCGUCACAAAGUGAAAAGAUUUUGUGCUAACAUAUUCUGCGGUUCGUCUCCGGUUUCGACGUAGCUGUCCCCGUCAAAGACGCAGGCUAUCUUAGCAUAUUCCGGAAGGAUAAAAGCCGGAUCUUGAAUCCUAUUAAAAACUAAAAAUUUUGUGAAGGCCACAUUUUUUUGUUGUAAAGGUCAUUCUGGCUGUCAACAUUCGGUUGCAUAUAAAAGAUUAACCUAAGCAGCUCUGGAGAAGUUAAUACUUUCCUGUUACGGAACAGUAAUUCCAUUCGUGAAAUGGCUCUUAGCCAAACAUCCGUGUUAAAACUUUAUAACACUGUUAUCGAUGACGUUAUCGCCGGCGUCCGUGAUGCCUUUCUCGAUGAAGGAGUUGAUGAGCAAGUGCUACAGGAGAUGAAACAUGUAUGGACAAACAAAUUGAUGGCUAGCAAAGCGGUUGAGACAACCGUGGAUCCGCAAGACCAGCACCAACCUGCUCUUCUGGCGAAUAGCACAAAGUCGGUGUCACAUUCUAAGGCCAAUGGAACAAAAAAAGCUAAGGCAGCUGCAGCGGCAGCUGCAGCCGCUGCUAAUCAAGAAAAUCAAAAUGGUACCACAAAGACAGUGCCCAACAGUACAUCAGCACCUCCGCUUAUUAAACCGGAACCCCAUGCCGACCCACAGAAUAGUCACCACAUGCAACAGGCGCAGCCACCACCUCUGGCUCAAUCACAGCCACCCGUACAACAAUCGCUCGCAUCUCAGCACCCUGCACCACCAGCUGCUGUUGUAGCAUCACUUGAUCCACACAAGAUGGUAGCCAUACAAAUCACGCUACCCGCACAACCGAAUGUGGCCAAUUCGCAGCCUCGUGUUCUCACAAUUCAAGUGCCGGCAUCAGCUCUCCAGGAAAAUCAGUUGCAACAAGUGCUCACGGGACCGAUAAUAACCUCAAUAAUGCCACUACCGCCACAAAUUGCCUCAUCUGUUCUACAGCAGCACGUCAAUUCCUAUCUCCAGAAUAAUUCAAUAAAUACUAUACAGCUUCACAAGCAACUGGACGGUGCCUCGUUUGACUGGGAAAGUGAUUCGUAUGCCAGAAAAAGUGAUAGCAUUGUAUCGUAUACACUUACCGAUGUGUUGGACCAACAAUUAGUAAAUACAGUGGCAUCCAAGGACAUUCCGUUGCCUUGUACAUCUACAUCUCGUUCCAUGCUUCAUAGGAGACCUAGAAGCCGUAAAACUGGUAUCAUUGAAAUUAAGUAUCAGCUGGAUGGUGCUGUAGAUACUUCCGACGAGGAGGCUAGUGACAUCAGUGAUGAUAACAUUGGAGACGACGACGAAGAUGAUUUGGACAAAGAAGAUGAAGAAGAUCUGGACGGCGACGGUGGCGCGGAAGAAGAACCAUUAAAUAGCGAGGAUGAUGUUACCGAUGAGGAUGCGUCAGAUUUAUUCGACACGGACAAUGUUGUUGUCUGUCAAUAUGAUAAGAUCACCCGAUCCAGAAAUAAAUGGAAGUUCUAUUUGAAGGAUGGCAUUAUGAAUAUUACCGGAAAGGAUUAUGUAUUUCAGAAAUCGAAUGGCGAUGCUGAAUGGUAGAUUCUCGGACAUAAAAUUAUCAAAAAGUGUACUAAAACAUAAAACUAAUUAACUAGGUAACCUUGCGUUUGCAGCUGCAAAGUGAAAUAACUUGAAAAGAUGGUAUGUGUAUAUGACUUUUUACUGCUGGUAAAAUUUUGUUUCCUAUGUUCUAUUUGGCAAUGUUUUACACAAGUUGAAAUCUGUGAUUGUUUCCAUUUUUUCUAUCGUUACCUAGAAACAAAUAAUUGCCGCUAAUUAAAGAAUAGAGCGAGUAGUAAGAAAUAAUCUUAUUAAAUACCUGAGGAUUUCUUCAUUUCGCUAGAAAACAGUACACCACAUAGUUUAGUUAUUAAGUUUUAUUGUUUAGCACAGUAGUACGAAAUGUACAAUCAUGUAAAAAUUAAAAAAAAACAUGCACAGAUGAACUUUGAUCUUCACCCCAAACCUUUUCACUAGUUUUAAUUUUGUACUGUCCUCGGGAUGUUUCAACAGAAAAGAAAAAUUAGGAUAGAAAUACAUUUAAUCUGAACAGAACAGCAAACAGAAUAUUUUACAUUGUAGACCGAUCGGGUCUCUUACAAAAACUAAUACUAUCAUAUAACAAUAUUUAUAUCUCAAUGAGGUAAAUCGUCUGAUGUUUUACGUUUUCUGGUAUGAUUGAAAGUCACAAGUAUUUGUACUUGAUAUCAGCGUUGUUAUAGUUGAGAAAAACAUCAUCAGAAAACAAUUAUGUAAAAAUGUAAGCA